AUGGAAACUGAAUUUGGGAAGGAAACAGAAUUUUGGAUGGAAACUGAAUUUGGGAAGGAAACAGAAUUUUGGAUGGAAACUGAAUUUGGGAUGGAAACUAAAUUUGGAAAGGAAAGAGAAUUUGGGAAGGAAACUGAAUUUGGAAAGGAAAGAGAAUUUGGGAAGGAAACUGAAUUUGGAAAGGAAAGAGAAUUCGAGAAGGAAACUGAAUUUGGAAAGGAAAGAGAAUUUGGGAAGGAAACUGAAUUUGAUAAGAAAAGAGAAUUUGGGAAGGAAACUGAAUUUGGAAAGGAAAGAGAAUUUGGGAAGGAAACUGAAUUUGGAAAGGAAACAGAAUUUGGGAUGGAAACUGAAUUUGGGAAGGAAACAGAAUUUGGGAAGGAAACUGAAUUUGGGUUGGAAACAGAAUUUGAGAUGGAAAUUGAAUUUGGGAUGGCAACAGAAUUUGGGAUGGAAAUUGAAUUUGGAAAGGAAACAGAAUUUGGGAUGGAAAGAGAAUUUGGAAUGAAAACUGAAUUUUGGGAUGGAAAUUGA